UCGCUUGGUUAUUUUGAAAGCUGCCCGCAGACGAAAUUGCCGUCAGUUUGUGACGUCAUAGAGUCCGUAAACAACUUCAAUCAGAUAUUACAAACCUAAAGGUUAUGUACGCUCAGCCGGAGGCAAAUACGUUGUAACACUAAAUCAAGACGCACAUGCUUGCGCACUUAAUGUUUAACAGUUGUUUGAAUAAGGCUUCCAGCAAUGUCUGUUAAGUAAGAAUGUGCAUACUUUACAGCAGAAAACUUUUGUAAUAUUCUGUAGUCGCGAAUGUGAAAGAAGAAUCAUUUUAACCGAUAUUUUUACAGUUCUUUGUUUAGUGUACGAACAUAUAAAGCUGUCAUGGAUUUCAUAGUGAAGCAAGCACUCGGAGGAGCAACAAAAGAUCUCAACAAAAUGAUGGACAAGGGAGGAGAGGAGGCGGAUCCGAAGGCAGAGGAGGCUCAGAAGGAGCAGUUAGAGGCAAUGGCGGAGCAGGAGGCGGAGAGAAAGGCGAAACACACGAAGAUGGAAGCAGAAAGAGAAAAAGAGAGACAGAGAAUUAGAGACAAAUAUGGUUUAAAGAGGAAAGACGAAAUUGAAGCGGAAGAGAAAGCGAACCGGGAGAGGGAGACAGUUGGGAGGUUGGGGAGGAAACAAACGUUCGAGGAGGAGCAAGAGGAGGAGGAAGAGGAGAGUGUCCUCAGCCAAGCCGAAAAAACCUUUAGCGAAUUGCAACAAAAAGUGACGAAUGCCGCUGACGGUUGCACUAUAUCCUGAGUGUUAUGUAAUUGGCAUCCAUUGAAGUAUAAAACUUUCGUUAUAUGAAGUAACCAAGGGUGUAGUAUAUUUAAUUGCCCCCUUUUUCCUAUACGUGGGCCUUGUACUUAACUUCAACAUUCGUCAAUCAAUAUACGUGCAAUUUUGUAAGGUUAUAGAGUUCUCCGUUCAUUUUUCAACAAAUCGAGGCAAUAUAAAUUGCUAUGUAUAUAUAAACCCAUUUCUGUGACGUGGAAAAUGUAUAAGCGCUAUCCAAAUGCAGAAUAUACUUUUUCGCCGACUGUUUUGGAUGCGCGUUUUUGUACAUCGAUGCUUUUAAGCUUAUUGAUUUUACAGAGCAACAACACUGCGUGAUAACGUGCAAUGGAUAUCCUAUUUUUAGACUUACGCCAUUACCUGCUGCACUUUAGACACUCCUGUCGGCUGGUGCGUUUCGUUGUAAACCUGUAUUCGUCUAAUCUUAUCAUAAUAAGUUAUCACAAACUGUACGUAUUUUCGUUUGUGCAAAUUUUGUUGAAAAUUUUUGCUAAAAGCUGGUGACGUGUGCGAGUGUUAUAUAGUCGAUACGCGUAGAAUAUUGUUAAAUGAACAUACAAUGCAAGAGAAAAUUAUAUUUACAAAACGAA